AUGUUUUUACGUUUUUUUUAUAAAAGAAACUUAAAUUAUAAAUCAAGUUUAUUAUCAAAAAAAACAACAGAUUCAUCGAAAAAUAUACAAAAAAGAAGGAAUAAAUGGGUUCUUCCAUCACCUUUAGAUCAUGAAGAAAUAAAAAAGAAACACUUAAAAAAUAAUACAUUAUCAAAAACAUCCUAUCAAAGUUUAUUAAGUUUAAAAAAUGUUACAUGGAAAGAAAAUAAAGAACUCCCACAAUGGAAAAAACAAAAAAUAGCACUCAAGGAAAAGUUUCCUGAAGGAUGGAAUCCUUUCAAGAAGCUCUCACCGGAUACUCUUAAUCAAAUCAGAACACUUCGUCAACAAAAUCCAAAAUAUACAGCUUCUGUUCUUUCUGAAAUGUAUAAGGUUUCUCCAGAAGCAAUUCGACGAAUUUUAAAAAGUAAAUGGCAACCUUCAUUCAAAGAAUACGCAGAUAGAUUUGCACGUUGGAAAAAGAGAAAAAAUCGUUUGAAAGAUAUUUGGAUUUCUCAAAAAUUUAAAAAGGAUAAAUUUUAA